UCCAGCCCUCUGCCGUAUUUUAGUAAUAGCGUUAUCAUCAUGUACCUGCAUACCAAGGGCAGCUCAAUCGAGAGAGUGGGCGUCCAUCACACACCCACACACAGGCAAAAAGAAAGGUGCAUCCUUGCACAGGAACACCAACGGCUCAUCCGUCUCGGGGAUCUCGGUAUGCGGUGCCCCCCAUGGCAUCCGCAAGCGAGCAAUCAAUUUGAAACUCCCGCUAUUCUGAUACACCUGCCUCGAAAUCUGAUGCAAAUGGCCGCCGAUCUUGCGCCUGCGCUGCCAACCCAACAGUUCCCUAUCUGA